GGGUCGGCGCGUCUCCGUCUCGGCUCGCACCGGGGGCAGCCGGUGAGCCGGCCGCGGCGGCCGCAGGUGGAUGCCCGCGGCCCGGCAUGGAGCAGGCCUGCGAAGUGAGCCGCCGCAGUUGCCUCGUCCCCUUCGGCACCUCGCUGGCGUCCGCCGAGGCCAAGGGCGGUCCCUUCGGCGAGAGCCGCGGCCCCGAGCCGCCCGCCAUGCAGCUGGCCGCCUCUAAGGCCGGCUACGGGCAGGACCCAUCGUCCUGCUACAUCCCGCUGCGCCGGCUGCAGGACCUGGCAUCCAUGAUCAACGCCGAGUAUCUCGGCGGCGCUGCCGACGGUGCUGAGGCCCUGCCCGACCCCGGCUCGCCGUCUCCCCGCCUUCCCUCUCCGCAGGACCCGGCAGCCGACGCAGCCGGCCCGGCGGCCGAGGCGACCCGUGGGGCCCUGGCCUUCCCCCUGCUCCUGCGGGACAGUGGGGAGGAGGCGGAGGAAGAGGAGGAGGAGGAGGAGGGCGCCGAGACUUCGGAGGAGGAGGAGGAGGACGACGACGACGACUACGACUACGAGGACGACGAGGAGGCAGCGGAGGACGACGAGGAGGAGGAAGAGGAGGCCGAGUCUGGCUCACGGAGCCGCGGCCGUUCCGGGCCGCAGCAGGGCUCUGCCGGCCCUUCGCCGCCCUGCCUGCAGCCGGCCGAGCUGGUGCCGACGACCGCGCCGGCCGGCAGCCCCGGGGAGAAGCCGGAGCUUUCCGACAUCUCCGCGGCGACGGCUCUGCAGCUCAUCCGAGCCAAGAAGAAACCUACUCCAGUGAAGUAUGAAGUUGGGGAUCUUGUUUGGGCCAAGUUCAACAGACGCCCAUGGUGGCCAUGCACAAUUUGUCAUGACCCAGUGCUGGACUGUCACUCAAAAAUGAAAGUUUCCAAUCGGAGACCAUACCGAGAGUACUACGUGGAUGCCUUAGGAGAACCUUCAGAGAAAACCUGGGUUGCUGGGAAAGCCAUUGUCCUCUUUGAAGGAAGACAUCAGUUUGAAGAGCUGCCUGUUCUUCGGAGAAGAGGAAAGCAAAAGGAAAAAGGCUACAAACACAAGGUUCCUCAAAGAUUUAUGGCUAAGUGGGAAGUCAGUGUUGGACAGGCAGAAGACAUUCUUCUUAGUGGGCCAGAGGAUCAGAAGUGCAGCCAGAACUCCAGUGAACUUGACAGCGAGAAGGAAGUGCAGUCGGAAUACUAUGCCAAUGGCACUGGAGCAGAAAGGGACAGGCAGCUGAACGGCUGUUUUAAAUCCUUGGCAUUUGACUCCAGACACCUGGCCAGUGAAAAAGGAAAAUUGCACAUUAAGCCACGUGUGAAAAAGAGCUCUGACAGCAGAAAAAGGACUAGAGUAAAAAGGAGUGGCACCAGAGGGGAAGCAUCUAGGGGAGAAAUCAAAGAAAAAACACCAGAGAGCAUAGUUAGAAACAUGAUUGUUGGGGACCUACCAGACAAACAUGCAUCGCAUGAGCUUCGCAGGAUUGCCAACAGCCUGACAGCAUCCAAUAGCACCAGGGAAAACCAUUUGCUUUCCUCCUUUGGAGAAAGACGUUUUGAAAAGACAACUUUGAAACCAGCCUAUGAGAAUCAUAAAAGUGAUGCUCUGAAGAACACACUCCAAAGGGAUUUGUUUUCCAGUGCAUCUUUAGAGAGAGAGAAGAGCUCCCUGGGCAUUGUGUGCAGUUCUAAAUUACAAAUACACUAUUCUGCAUCUGAUGCUAGUAUUGAGAAAAAGCAAACUGAAUCAGAUUCGUCCUCUUCCUUCUCAGAUGGUGGGAACAGUGAUGUAGAUACCAUGGACCAAAGUUCUGAGAGAGCCUCUAGCACUCUUGAAGUUAGUGAUUCUUCAGAUAAAGCGGAGAAGGAAUUUCCUAUGACAUCAAGUGGAAACAUUAAGCUCUCCAUGUGUCUUUCUCAGAAGAGCAGCAGAAGGACCAGGAAGAAGUCAUACAGAGAUCGCAAAUCCCUGGGAGGCUCAGUAACCAGCAGACUUGAUGCUGAAUUUGCAGAUGGGGAGCUUGAAAUAGGCUUCUCUGAUGCUGAGAUGUCAUUGACAGCACUUGAGUGUUCUUCAGGUGUGAGAAAUGGCAAUCUUUCUAUAGCAAACAAGCACACUACUUCCCAAAGUGUUUCCAAGGACAGCUCUUGGCCUGCUGUUGCAAAUCAAGCAAUCUUAAAACUGAAAAGUAUGAAAUUGCCCCGAAUCAGGAGUAUAAAAUGCAAACAUAAAGAAAAAGUUGCUGGGUUGGAUCCUUCUCUUACAGAAGAGGAAGGUGGUGUGAAUCGCUGCCCUUCUGAUACCAAAGGUUUCUCUGGCCUCCAGAGAGAUUCUUUUCAGAGAAGUGGGAAAGUUGAUGGUCAGAAGCUGUUAAACAACAUGCAUGAGAAAACCAGGGAUUCUGCUGAAAUAGAAACAGCUGUGGUGAAUCCUGUCUUGUCAGAGCUGAAGUCUUACCGCUCCAUGAAUGAUGAUGCUGGUGACUCUGGCACUCCGAAGGCCACAGUGCCCUUACUUUUCUCUUCUGCCUCUGGUCAUGGUCGUUUGCCUAUUGAGCCAGAUUACAAAUUCAGCACCUUGUUAAUGAUGUUGAAGGAUAUGCAUGACAGUAAGACAAAAGAGCAGCAGCUGAUGACUGGUCAAAAUAUAGUCCCGUUUCGAAAUACCAGCACAACUGAUGGUUCUGGAAGCAAUUCUGGAAGUGGUCUGAAAUCCUUAUCUAUUGUAGGUCCCCCAUAUAAAAUAGAAAAAAAUGGAGAUUGUGUCCAGGAAACAGUAAAUCCAAACUCCGCUAUAAGCAACUCCUCAUUUUCACGAAAUCCUCCAAACAAGUUGACGGGGAUUGGUACUAGUAAGAGGGAGCCUGCGAGUACUGCUGUUUCUGGGACAAAUGGCACAAAUUGCAUGUCCAAACGCAACUGUUCAAAAUCUAAGCAGUCAUCAAAGCUUGGAGAUAAAACAGUUUCAAACAGAAAGGACUUAAAACCAGGAGGGCCAAGUAAGUUGCUAAGUCGGUUAUCCAGAGAUUCAGGAGAACGUGCAUUCCGUGUUCGUGGUUCGGUUACCAGUCCUCUAGGUAAUGAAGCAGAAGAUACUAAGAGGAAAGAGUCUAUUGAUUUAACAGAACAUUCAACUGAUGAAGACUCUGCUUGUUUAUCUGAUGACAAUUUAGAUCAAAUUGGAAGGAGACCUGAAGCUCGUAGAGAUAUUGAGAGCUGCACUUCUGCUGAAAAUGGGGAGAGUCCAGACUUGGAUUCAGAGGCAAAUAGUGAGAGUUCUCUUGGUGAUGAGUCUAAUGAUAUAAAUCAUGUAGCACCCAAAAAGCGAUGGCAGCGUUUUAACCAAAGCAGUGCUAGAUCUAAUAAGCACAUCAGUAGAUCUAGGGAACAAGGAAACUUGGAGAGUGCCUUUGGCCUGAAUUCUCGUGGCUUUUCACUGAAGGGAAAUGAGUGCUUGGGACGUAGGCAUUCCCUUCAUUCAAAGGUGCGUGAGGGAGAUGUGACAGAUAAGAACUUUGAGAAUCAUUUAGAUUUAGUUGAGAAACGUUUGAAUGUAUGUGGUAAGCCAAACAACAGUGUGAUGGACUCAGAAACAGAGCUUGGCAACUUUGCUCCCCAGUCUGAAUUCUCUGCACAAGUACAUUCAGAAAGGAAGCGCCUUAGAAAGCCAAGUAAGCGGCUUCUGGAAUAUGCAGAAGAAUAUGAUCACUUAUUUGCACCCAAGAAAAAAUCAAAGAAGAGCCAGGAGCAAUUACAAAAGGUGAAUUCUGUGGUGAGGUCUGAACUCGAAGGAGAUCCUCCUGCACAAUGCAGUCCUGACAGAGAGACCAAGCAGGGGCAGAGUCCUUUGGUUUCAACUCCAUCUUCAACCAAAGAGUCCCCUCCCAUCCUUGAAGCAGAGUGUUCCUUGUCAGAACUAGGAUCUCAUUCUGCUGAUCCAAAUGAUCGACUUACAGAAGGACCUUCAGAUUUUCCAGAGCUGUUGCUGUCUUCUUCAGAUGUUUCUGAAGUUUCUGCUUCACCAGAUGCAGAAGAGAGAUUCCUGAAAUCAGGAAACUUUGAGAGGAAGCGUCAAAGGAAGCCCACUCAAAAGCUCUUGGAAUCCAAUGAUUUGGACACUGCCUUUAUACCAAAGAAGGAUGAGUGGACUCCCCCAAAGAAGGGCACUGUCCCUUCGGAGAGUGACAGCUCUGAGCUCUACUCACCAGCCCACUUCCCGGACAUGGGAGAAGCUUCUGAAAAGCUCUUGGAGAAGCAGCGAAAGAGGAAGAGACAGCGUCAUACCUCUGCUGCAGUCCAUUCCAAGAAGGAGAAAAAUGAGGAGGGGCUGGGGGAAGCCCCACACUCUGAGGGGGAGACACUGGGUCAUGGGACUGCUGCAAGCCCCAAAGAGGGUAAUGAAGAGGGGUCAGAGAAUGACCAUGGAGUGCCUUCGUCCAAGAAAAUUCAGGGGGAGCGUGGAGGAGGAGCAGCUCUCAAGGAGAACGUGUGUCAGAUCUGCGAGAAGCCAGGGGAAUUGUUGCUUUGUGAGGCACAGUGUUGUGGUGCUUUCCACCUGCAGUGCCUUGGGCUCUCCGAGAUGCCAAAGGGCAAAUUCAUCUGCAAUGAGUGCUCCACAGGGGUCCAUACCUGCUUUGUGUGUAAGAGCUGUGGGGAAGAUGUAAAACGGUGCUUGUUGCCACUCUGUGGGAAGUACUACCAUGAAGCAUGCAUACAGAAGUAUCCACCCACAGUCAUGCAGAACAAGGGCUUCAGAUGCUCCCUGCACAUCUGCAUGACUUGUCAUGCUGCUAACCCAACAAACAUCUCUGCAUCUAAAGGUCGCUUGAUGCGCUGCGUGCGGUGUCCGGUUGCGUACCACUCCAACGACUUCUGCCUCGCUGCUGGGUCCGUGGUCCUGGCCUCCAACAGCAUCAUCUGCCCCAAUCACUUCACUGCACGGAGGGGCUGCCGCAACCACGAGCACGUCAACGUCAGCUGGUGCUUUGUCUGCUCAGAAGGGGGCAGCCUUUUAUGCUGCGAGUCGUGCCCGGCUGCAUUUCACCGUGAGUGUCUAAACAUUGAGAUGCCAGAGGGAAGCUGGUAUUGUAAUGAUUGCAAGGCAGGCAAAAAGCCACACUACAAGGAAGUAGUCUGGGUGAAAGUUGGGCGCUACAGGUGGUGGCCAGCUGAGAUUUGCCAUCCUAGGACAAUUCCUGUCAACAUCCAGAAAAUGAAACAUGACAUCGGUGAGUUCCCAGUGCUGUUCUUCGGCUCCAAGGAUUACUUAUGGACCCACCAGGCCCGUGUGUUCCCUUACAUGGAAGGUGAUGUCAGCAGCAAAGACAAGAUGGGGAAGGGUGUGGAUGGCAUCUACAAGAAAGCUCUUCAGGAAGCUGCAGUAAGAUUUGAAGAGUUGAAGGCACAGAAAGAGCUGAGACAACUUCAGGAAGACAAAAAAAAUGACAAGAAACCUCCUCCCUACAAACACAUCAAGGUGAACCGGCCAGUGGGUAAGGUGCAGAUCUUCACUGCAGACUUGUCUGAGAUACCACGUUGCAACUGCAAGCCAACAGAUGAAAACCCCUGUGGCCUGGACUCUGAAUGCAUCAACCGCAUGCUGCUCUAUGAGUGCCACCCCCUGGUCUGCCCCGCUGGGGAGCGCUGCCAGAACCAGUGCUUCUCCAAGAGGCAAUAUCCCGAGGUACAGAUCUUCCGCACGCUGGCACGAGGCUGGGGCUUGCAAGCUAAAACAGACAUCAGAAAGGGUGAAUUUGUUAAUGAAUAUGUUGGGGAGCUCAUUGAUGAAGAGGAGUGCCGAGCCCGAAUCCGCUAUGCUCAGGAGCACGACAUCACCAAUUUCUACAUGUUGACACUGGAUAAGGAUCGAAUAAUUGAUGCUGGGCCUAAGGGCAAUUACGCUCGAUUCAUGAACCAUUGCUGCCAGCCAAACUGUGAGACUCAGAAAUGGUGUGUGAAUGGUGAUACUCGGGUCGGGCUCUUCGCAAUUGUAAAUAUCAAAGCUGGGACUGAGCUGACUUUCAAUUACAAUCUGGAGUGUUUGGGAAAUGGAAAGACCGUUUGUAAAUGUGGUGCUCCAAAUUGCAGUGGCUUCCUAGGAGUUCGGCCAAAGAGUCAACCUGCCCUCAGCGAGGAGAAGUCCAAGAAGCUAAAGAGGCGGCCACAGAUAAAGCGCAGGUCACAGGCGGAGGUGAUGAAGGAGCGAGAGGAUGAGUGUUUCAGCUGUGGGGAUGGAGGGCAGCUUGUUUCUUGUAAGAAGCCAGGCUGCCCCAAGGUGUACCACGCAGACUGCCUCAACCUUACCAAAAGACCAGCAGGAAAAUGGGAGUGCCCGUGGCAUCAGUGUGAUGUGUGUAGUAAGGAAGCAGCUUCUUUCUGUGAGAUGUGCCCCAGGUCCUUCUGCAAGCAGCACCGGGAAGGCAUGCUCUUCAUCUCCAAGCUGGAUGGACGUUUAUCCUGCACAGAGCAUGAUCCCUGCGGGCCAAACCCUUUAGAGCCAGGAGAAAUCCGUGAGUAUGUGCCUCCCAUAGGAGCCCUGGCUAGUGACGAGGAGACCCAGCCAUCAGAGCAGCCACCUGCAGACACAGACACAGACCUGAGCGUUCAGCCUCUGGACAGCCUACCUCAGUCUGUGGCCCUCAAACUGGAGUCACCAGAAAAGCCCCCUGCUACCCUAGCGUUGAGGCUGCCAUCAUCAGACAAGCCCCCCACCACUGUAGCCCUGAGGGUGCAGCCAUCAAACAAGCCCCCAACCACCCUGGCCCUUAGGCUGCCUCCACCAGACAAACCACCUGCCACCCUGGCACUGAGACUGCCACCAUCAAAUAAACCCCCCACCACCUUGUCACUAAGGCUGAAGCCAUCCAGCAAACCCCCCACCACCCUCUCGCUCCGGCUGCAGCCUUCGGACAAACCUCCCACCACCCUCUCACUCCGCCUGGAGCCGUCGGACAAGCCCCAGGCUGCCCUGUCCCUCAGGCUGCAGUCAGAGAAGCAACCCAUUAUUGUAGCUCUGAGACCUCAGCAGCCUGACAAACCUCCCAACAACGCUGUGCUAUGGCCACUGGACGAGUCCUCUGGUGAUGCCUCACAGCCUGACCUGCCCAGCAAAUCUCCCCCGGGAACUCCACAGUCAUCAGAUGAGUUGUUUGUUCCUGAUGAUGCCCUGCAGCUCCAGCUGUCAGAUGAACCUCCUGCCACCCCUGGGGUGUUGGAGUUAUUGGACAAGUCUCUCAUUGACACCAGGACCCAGGAGCCUGAGCUGCUGUCUGAGUUCUCCAUGAAAUGCCUGCAUUCUCCACUAUCAGACAGGCUUCUUGUCAGAGCAGGGACCCUGCAGUCCCAGAUGGUGGAUGAGCUUCCUGCAGAUGAUCAGCCUCAGCCAUUGGACAAAGAUUCUUCCCAGAGUCUCCAGCUUCAGGCUGUGGAAAAGGCUUCUGGCUCCGUGGCACCACAGGUCCCAGCAUCGGAGAUAGCUUCCGACCCUGAGGCACUGUGGCCCCUGCCCAUUGAAAAUGUCCAUGCCUCCCCAGUCUCACGGAUCCUGCCCAUGGAGAAGGCUCCUGGAUUGGCUUUGCCACAGCUCCCAUCUCCAGGAACUUCCUUCUCUGGGACAGUACAGGUUUCACCCAUGGAGAAGGCUCCCAGCUCUGGGGUGCCACAUCCCUUGCCCCUGGAGAAGGCUCCUGCCUCGGGAAUGCCACGGAUCCUGCCCAUGGAGAAGGCUCCCAGCUUAGGGGCACCACGGCCGCUGCCUCUGGAGAAGGCUCCCAGCUCCCGGUCGGUGCAUAUCCUGCCUGUGGAGAAGGCUAUGGGCUCGGGGGCCCUGCGGAUCCCACUGACACAGAAGGCACUUGGCCCCGGGGCACUGCGGGCUCUGCCUGCAGAGAAGGCUGCUGAGCCUGGGGCCCUGAGGAUCCUGUCUCCAGAGAAGGCUGCGGGCUCUGGGGCAGCCCGGCCUCAGCUUUUGGAGAGGCCUCCCACUCUGACAGCCCCGUGGCCGCAGGUGUCGGACAAGCUGGCUGCUGCUGUGGCUCCCCGGCCUCAAGCCUUGGACAAACCUCCAGCAUCGUCUGCUCCAAGGCUGUUGCUGUCGGAGAAGGCGCUGCGGCCCGUCGACCAGAAUGCUCAGCCAGUGGAGAGAGGAACCCCAGCCAUGGAGCUGAGUCCCCAGCAGAAAGAGAGGACCAUGUUAGCUGGGGAGCAAAUCUCUUGGUCUGCGGGGAAGGCGGUGACGCAUGUCGGACAGGUACCUUGGCCUAUGGAGAAACUGCAGGUGCAUGAGCAAACCCACUGGCCCACUGCAAAAGCCCUGACACCUGCAGAGCAGCCUCCCCGAACAGCAGAGAAACUACCAGAGCCAACCCUUCAGCCCAGCUGGGAAGUGGCCUCAGCCCCUGCAGAGCAAAACCCUUGGAAAUCAGAGAGAUUGUGUGUGUUUGAGCAGAUUCCUCGGCCAGCCAGGGAAGCACCUGUGCCCCCGGAGCAGAUGGAGUGGAUUGUCACGAACGUUCAGACACUUGACCAGAUUUCUUGGCUGAGUGGAAAAGCACAGGCUCCUCAGGGGCAGGACCCUUUGCCUGAACAAAACACAGUGCUAGCCUGUAACCAGGAUUCUGUCUGUCAUGAGUUGGCUGACUCAGAGCCAAAGUGAGGUUGGUGAAUAUGGGAGGCAGGUUUCAGUCUUUUAAUGUUUAGGGAGGGUGAAUCUUUGGGGUUUUUUUUUUUGUUUGUUUGUUUUGUUUUGUUUUUUUUAUUCACUUCCCUGAGCCCAGCCCCUAACCCAUGCACAUCCCAUCCAUAUUCUCUCAUGACAUAAGCAAGGACAUUCACUUAAAUCUGAGUGUGGCCCAGUUGAAGGGAGAGAGCAUCCAUGACCUUUUCCUCUUCCUUUUACAAAUGGUAAAGCUGAAAUAAAGAGUCCACUCUGGGUAAAAAUCUCCAA